UCCAAGAGAAACCUCAUAUCCAGACUCACACCUUCUCUCACACCUAAUAAACAUCACCGCAACCCCUCUCACACACACUCGCAAUGGCCCCAAUUACUACCGACGCCUACCUACAGGCCGUCAAAUUUCGCCGCACCGUGUACCCACUCACCAACAAGUCCCCCGUAUCCGACGCUCGCAUCGAGGAGAUCGUGCAAGGUGUGAUCGGCUCGUCGCCCAGCUCCUACAACACCCAGUCCACACGCGUGCUCGUCCUGCUCGGCGCACAGCAUGAGAAGCUAUGGGACCUAGUGCGUGAGCACGCUCUACCGCUGCUGCAGGGUGCCGGUGAGGACGUAGUCAAGAGCAUGGAGGGUCGCUUCAGCAUGUUCCGCGCCGCGUAUGGCAGUGUUCUGUUCUUUGAGAACAAAGCCACCGUCGACGAAGCUGCCAAGACGCAUGCGGCUGUCGCAGGCAUGUUCCCCCAGUGGUCAGAACAUGCGUCCGCCAUGGCACAGGUGCAGCUUUGGACAGCGCUGGAACUCGAGGGUCUGGGCGCGAACUUGCAGCAUAUGAAUGCGUUUCCACCCGUUGCUGCAGCGAUCCGCAAGCAGUGGGAUCUGCCCGAGGCGUGGAUACUGACGGCGCAUCUGAACUUUGGCACAGUGAACGGCGAGUUUCCAGAGCACCCCAAGAAGUUGCCCUUUAGUGAGACAGUUAAAGUUGCCAAAUAGUGAGGCUAGACGAAUUGAAAUGUGCUAGGUAUAUCGAAGGCGUGCCUGGUGGAAUGCAGAUUCUGGUGAUAGAUGACGUCAUUAGGUACAGUAUGCCCCGCGUUCAUCAAAUGCCUAACGGCAUUCCACUGCAUUUAACCUAGACGAUCC